CGCCGCCACCAGCCAAACAAUAACCACUUGACACAAAGAGGGGAAAAAGGGGAAGAGCGAGGAAGGAAGGCCAGGCAGCAGGCAGAGGGAAAGACUAAUCACUCACUCACUCACUGUGGCACCCACCCACCCACCGGCUUGACUGACUGUACACUGACUGGCCGCCUGUGUCGGAUGGGAUGGAUGUGUGUGUAUCAUCUCUUCCCCGGGUCAGCCUGCAUUUCGAUGUACGUGGGCGGCGGACGAUAGCCUGCGGCAGCCGCCGCCCCCCCAUAGCCGCCCCCAUUGGUGGUGCCGCCCCCAUAGCCGCCAUAUGGGGAAGGGGCGGCCGGCUCAGCGUAUGUGCCGAAUGUGCUGGGCUGUGGUGGCUGGUACGUCUGGCCCUGGUCGUGGCUCACAGGCUGGCCCAUGACGACUGGUUGGGUGCCGCCGCCGUACUGGGGGUUGGUGGUGUAUGUGGGGGGGAAGGCUGGCGACGCGACGAUUAUCUGACCGGCCCUCAGCCGCUGAAACAGGGCGUUGCCCCAUGUGAAGGCUGCAGAACGGACAUCAGGGACGACAGACAGACGGAUGGACCGGACAAUGGGCGUGUGUGUGUGUGUGUGUGUCCAUGUUGUUGGCCUGCCUACCGAGAAAGUUGACGAUGAAAAUGCCGAUGGCGAUAAUGAUGUUUACUAUGAAAAUGGUGGUGAGUCGGCUGACUAUUUUCUCCACUUCUUUCUCGGUCAGCUCCUCGUUGGUCUCGGGGUCCUUACACACUGUCUCCUCCGUCUUGCUGCACACACACACACAGACACACACACACACACACACAGAACAGGGGAGAACGGGACGCGAUGCAGACAGAUGAAGUGUAGGUCAGGAGGGGCGUGAUGAGGGCACUCACUUACCACUCCUCCUCGAUUCGUUGGUAGAGCACCAGGGUCCAUAUUAAGAGGAUGAUGGAUAUGAGCGUCAGCACGGCUUGGAAGCACGCACAACCGCAGAAGAACCCCAGCAAACCGGCGCUGUUCUUUCGCGCACCUGACAGAUACGGACGGGACGGGCAAACACAUACCAUACACGAUCAACAAGGGCUGGGUGAAGUGAAGGAUGGACAUGCCUGCCUGCCUAGCUGCCUGCCUCACCGAUAUAGCCGCACGCCGGAAUCGAUAUCGCUAUACAAAACGCGACAACAGCUAUCGCUGCCACACACCAGCACAGCACGACACAACAAGGACAUGAGAGAUCAAGGUACCCGUUUCUCUCCAUGUUGCGGUGCUCACCUCCUUUCGAGGGAUCUCCGACCAGCGCUGCAAUCAUGUUGAGGAGGGCAAACAGCGCGAGCACCACCGAUAUGUGCAUCACCUUCCUCGUCAGCUUCGCUAUCUCAGGAUCUGGUAUAUGGCCAAUCUCCAGCCCCAUCACCGUCACUGGAGUCCCCAUCGCCACAUCGGGAGCGGCGGCCGGCUGCAUCAUCUUGACAAUACCUGUCUUGUCCUGACGCGUGGCACAGUGGCACUCUCCUCCUUCUCUCGAAAAGGCAGUUGUUGCGGACGAAGGUAUCUCUUCCUCUCCUCGCUAAAAUGGCGCGCGAGCGCUACGCGGAAUGAUGGGGAACGAACCCUUCC